UCCUCUACGGAGGCUUUGUUUCAAGUUUUUAAAGGAAUUUUCGGGUUGAGGCCUUAUUUAAAUUUACAAGUCCCAAUUUAGAGUUUGGGAGUAUUCAGAUCUUCCAAGUUUGCCUGAUCAAUACCCUUCCUACCACGGAAAUUGACCCUCAAAACUGUACAUAAAACAAUAAUAAAUGAUUAUAUAAUGUGUGCGCUAGGGUGGGCUAGGACAGCGACAAAGUUUGUAUUGACCUUGUGCCAUCCCCUACCGAGCACCGGAAGAGGGGCGCGAGGUGAAUUUGCCGAGUAACACAAUAAAGCCAACUGUCCGACGCAACACAUAGUUGUAGCUUACAAACAAUUAACAUCUUUACUCAUUCGUAUUACACCCAUUAAACUAUUGACGGAGAAUGAUAUUAGCCGACCGAUUUGCGUGGCCCACUAACUUGUAGCGAGGUCGUGGCCGAGCCCGCUUAUCUCAUUCUGCAGAGUUUGCGCGAGGGUCAGUGCCAAUGUGGCCAAGUUAGAUAUGCAUAUGAAUUAGAGCCCGACGCUUGCUAGAAGCGGUCCGUUUAAUUUUCCAGCGUGAUAUUAAUUUUAGGGUAGUGAUUCCGCUGUAUUCAUGCGAGAACACCCCUCCUAUUGUAGACGAGCGUUGAUGAUAAUGUGGAUCACUUUGUUAUUAAAUUGUUGUAAUAAUUUAUCAGGUGAGACCUCGGGCGCGCUGUUUGUUUUGUGUCGUGCCAAGUUUGCCAUUUUAAUGUACUGCAAUGGGUAUACUAUCCUGUGUGGUUUUGCGAUAUGCGAUAAGGGAGCCGUUUAAAAACCAACGUCAUUAUAUCAAUAAAAAAUAUGGCGCAUUCACAUAAAGUCAAUAUAAAAUCUAGAGCGCUCAUUCCGCUAUCACGAUAAGCGUAUCUUUACCCAUCACAAAGAAGUUAAACUUAUCCCUUUAAAUUGAAUAACUUACAAAUUCAAUGCCCCUUAAUUUUUCUUAAGUAAUUAAUUAUGAAAACGUUUAAUCAUUGAAUUGAACGUUGAGCGUCAAACACAGAAGUGGCAGCAGUAAUUUUCCCGCAACAAAAGUUUUCACCCGGCCGGCCUCGUGCUCCGUAUUUCGUAAAGCGGUACUAACUGUUACUGUGCUCCUGUUUGGAUACCUAUUUGUUUACAUUUCAAGCCUUACAACUGCCCUCCGUCUACCUUAAGUACCCAAGUAUUGCAACAUUUUCAUAUCGCACACUUCUCUCUUAUUAGAUUUGCUGUUAUUGUUUCCUUUGACAUUCAAAAUUGCAUGAAGUUUCUAGAUAAACCCAAACACAGCGAGAGGAAAAUUUGUAUCAAAAUAAGGUAAACGUAAUAAUUUACGUAAAAUGUGUCAAACAUUACGUCAGCGAUGUUUUUACCGAGAUAAAGUAUUUCGCGGCGACGUCAAUGAGGUAAAAUGAAGAAUUGACACAACUUUGCGGAAUCACGAAUGGGAUAUGUAUAUUUAAAAGCGUCCGUAGCCUUGGCUCCUAAGGGCUCCUGAAUCUUUUGUCUUUCUUUGGCAGUAAGUCCUCGUAUUUUAUAUUGUGACAUUUUCUGAGGUUUCGCCAUUAUAAAACGGUUUCUUUCAUGAUUAAGAAACACUUUGAGUGAAGUUUCAUUAUACUUGAAAGCUUGACUUAUAACUUUAUAUUUUCGAUGUCUUUCGUAUAUUUGCAAAGUCAAUAAAAUGUGACUUAACAUUUACCUAAAUUCAGCAUAAAAUAAAUUGUAUUUCCAUAAUGAUUUUGACUUUAAAAUUAACAUUCAAUAAAUUGUCUAAUAACACGGUGUGAGAAUGAAGCUGUGUACAGCCAACAGCGCAAGUUGAAUAGCUGAAAUAUUUGUCUGUUACGGAAAUAGAUGGGGGUUUUCGUGUGACUGUACUGGCGUGUGUUUAGGCAUUGCUGUGAACUGUCGAUGCGCUUAACGCCUUUUCUCCGGAUGAAAUAUUUAUAACGCCCGUCGCGGCGCGCCGCCAUAUUACCUAUGUCAAUGAUUUACACGGCUUUGCUCGUAUAUCUGUGUCCUUAUUAUUGGAGUAUUAUGUUUGAUUUCGUUUUUAUUUAGUGAGCGGUAUUCACUUUAUUUAAUGUCUAAGUUUCUUUUUUGUAGAAAAAAAGCGCAUCUAUUAUCUCAUAAAUCAACUGUUUUUAGCCUUUUAAUCUUAUUAGGGUGCAAUUUAAUUCAUGUUUGAAUGAUAACAUAAUCGCUAAUGUUUCCAAUAAGACUGCCUGACAUGUUUAUUUAAACUAAUUGGUUUUUUUUUCUAACAAGUUACUACAUAGGUAGUUGGUAAUGGCAAGGAAACUUAUAAAACACUAAAACAAUUAAUGUAACGUGUCACAUCCUAAUGUAUAAAGUAGUUCCGGCUAAUUGUCGGUCCAUGUCCUCACUAUUCUAACGCCAUUAUGCACAUAAUAGUGCAGCGAAUGACGCGCGUCCGAAACCCGCGCGGUCAGUACACUCGCGCGCGUCGGUGCGUCGCGACGUUCCGCCCGAACCGCGCCGGCUGCGACGGUACCCACGUGCCGCGCAGACAAAAAUAAAUAAACGCGUCGCGUCGCGUGCUUCACUCGCCACCUAUCAUACACCGCUUUCGGAAGACGCAAGUCGCAACGCAGUCGUGAGCGGCGCGCAGCGCGAGCGCAUCUGUCCUGGUUUCGCGCCAAAACAACAUGUGUUUGUGAUUGUACUUAUAAAACAAUGAACAGUGGAUAACGUGCAGUGUGCCGCGGUGUUCCGACUGAACGAGUUAUAUCAUACGAGUGUUCAGUGCUAAAUAAAAUGUGAGACAAUGUUGGGAUUGCUUUCGUCGGAUUUCGGUUUCCAGAACCGUUUAACUUUGCUUCAGCAGCUCAUUGAUUGUGGUGACGCACUCAUGGGUUACGGUUUGGACAACCGGAUAUCGAACUCAAGAAGUUCAGUGUCACCUGAUGUGGUGAACAAGGACCUCGGUUUGUCGGAAAGCGACGAUGAGGUCGCCAACACUCAUGUGAUAGGACCGCCUUUAUCCCCGAUAGGAUCAGGCAGUCCAAGUUCAGGUAGCUCAUCACAAUCCGAGGACUCAGAAAGCGAGUCUUCAUCAGCCGGGUCCACGACGCCUGCGCCCGCGCCGACGGCGGCGGCCGCGGUCACCGCCCCCGCCGCUGCCCCGCCCCCCGCGCAGCGCUCCUCCUGGAGCCUGUCCAACUUCGCGCCCCCUCCCGCCCAUCCCCCGGACCAGACCUACGACUCCGGCAAGGAUGUUAGACACGCACUCGCCGACAUUAAAGGGAAACCGAGCCCGAUCUCGGAGAUGUCGGACUCGGAUGCGUCAUCGCCGUCACCAGACUUGGGGCGGCGAAGGCGUUCCAUCCCCAACCGAGUGUCCGCCGCGUCCAGCGACGAGGACACGCCGAGGCAUACGACGUCACCUCGUGUGGCACCGUCGGCGCCUACGGCAGCGGUGAAACGAGGAAGGCCGCCGAAGGCGAGACCAUCGGAGGAACGACCCGUCAAGAAACGACGAGGUCGACCGCCCAAGCCCAGAGUGCCCACGCCUCCGCCCAGCGCUGCGCUGCAUAUGCAGCCCGCCGCGCCCGCGGAUAGCGAUGUGGAACCUGACCCGCCCGCCCAUCACCACCCCCUGCAAGACACCAAGACGCAUAUCUUUCGCAAGGUUUUUACACCAAAAAAGAGCGACGAAUGCGGUGGCAAGGGAGGUAAGGGCGGCAAGGGGAAGGGCGGCAAAGGCAAGGGGCAGGUGACCAUCAUCGAGGUGACGGCGCCCGAGGCGGACGAGGAGGAGCGGCGCCACCGCGAGCGCUCCGCCGAGCGCCGCAACGAGGAGGCCCUCGCGCGCCUGUCGCCGCCGCGCGAGCCCGACCCGCGCCGCCGCGAGCCCGAGCGACUGUCCGUCGAGCGGCCCGAGCGCGCCGAGCGACACGACCGCCGCCGCUCCGCCGAGAGACUCGACCGACCCGCCAACGACCGAAUACCCAUCGAGCGGCCCCCCAGCGACCGCACGAUGGACCGGAUACCCGAGCGGACCUCCUACGAGAGAAUACCCUCCGAUCGGAUCGUUAACGAUCGGAUACCUACCGAACGCACCUCCAAUGACCGGAUACAGGUGGAACGGCCCGUCGAUAGAAUAUCGACAGAACGGACGUCGACCGACCGAACCGCGUCAGAUCGGUCGUCGUCGGCGAGCGAUCGCUUGUCGGACGACAGACUAUCGCGCGGACUGUCGUCUGAUCGGCUCGCGGACCGGCGGUCGUCGGAACGCUUACCUAACGAUAAAGUGUCAAUAGAUCGGUUAUCAGGUGAAAGAAUGAGCCAUGACCGAUUAUCAGGGGAAAGGACGCACGAGCGGAUAGCGGGAGAGAAAAUGUCGCACGAUCGUCUUCCAGACACGAAAGGUCGGCUGUCAGAGGGGAAGAUGUCGAUCGACCGGCUCGAGGGCAAAGUGUCCCUCGACAAGCCGCUCGACCGGAUCCCCACUGAGCGAUAUAUUCGCGCGGAGGCUGAUGUUGGAUCAGGACUGAAAUCCGGCCGCGGUUCUGAACGACUCGAGGAAGCCUCAUCCAAUGUAGCGGAGCGGCGUCGCUCGCGGGUGGUCGUCCGCGUGGCGCUGUCGCGGCUGCGGCCCGAAACACUGCGAGCCUUGCAGCGGCCCACAGGACGCACUGCGCCCAAACGACCACACACACCGCAUCCUGAACAGGGUGGUGAGGUAGCAGCCACAAACCACGAGCGGACGGAUCCGUACGCGGGCCAGACCCCCAUAUACUUCUCAUACUUCGAGAGACUGCCGGCGGACGCCCUGUCCGACGAGGAGAGGGAUCACAAGUACUACCUGGAGGAGGCGACUCGCCUCCGAACCGCAGCAGAACGCGAGCAGGAGCCACUCCCCCGCGUCAUGCUCUACCUAGAGUCAGUCCUGUGCUUCGUUCUGACCGGGCGAGUGCUCGAACUGGAGCUCGACACUAAAGGCGCCUUCACCAUCUACCGCGAGACCAUUGAGUACAUCAAGAGCAUACACUCCAUGCCGCAGAGGUUCAGGGCCUCGCCGCACGACACCUUCAAUAAACUUGAUAUUCUCAGCCUCCGCGUCCAAGCCCUGCUAUACCUGCGGAUGUUCAAGAUGUACAACCGCGAAGUCAAGGAGUACAACAAGAUCGUCCACGAGUACCAACAGAAGGUACGCGCUGAUCCGGCGCUGGCGGAGUCGGUGUCGCCGCUGUCGCCGACGCCGUCGCCGGCGGGCUCGGUGGGGUCGGUGGGGUCGGGCUCGGCGUCGUCCGGCUACUGCAGCCUCGCGCACUCCGUGCCCGCCCACGCGCACCAGGCGCUGCUGCUGCUCAACAAGUACUACGCCUUCCUCUACGUCGCGCACGACCUGUGGGAGCAGGCUGACUCCCUGUGCCGGUUGAGGGCUAAUAGAGAUCUCUUUAUAGCAGUGGACCGUAAGUGCGGGCCGCUGUCCCUGUCGUCCACGUUCCGGCAUUUAGUGCAGUACGUCCGCCACGCCAUCUCGCUGCUGAAGAACGCGCCGCGCGAGUGACGUCACGCCCGCCGCGCCGCGGUCUACAACUUGUGAUGCGGCGCGACGACCUCCCGCUCGGUACCCACACCUACGUAGCAAACACCUCGCUGUACUGCAGACCGGACCACGCGACAAGGUUACUGCGUGCGGCAGUUUGUCGCUUGUAAACGCGUGCAGUGAUACCACGAUCCAACGAUGUUAAAGUUACCACGUUUCGCGGUCGCGUAACCAUUCCCCUCUUCAAGGUUGCUGCGUUUGGUAGUUCGCGCUUGUAAAGACGGGGUGGUUCAGUAAUCAGUACCACGUUCCAAGGUCACAGUUUGCAGUGACGGCCUCCUUGACUCCGCUCGUGUGUCCUAACGAUUCGACCUCGCAACGUAGUUAUAAUUCCAUUGAAUGAGAUCGAAAUCUCAUCUUUGUUCAAUGGAAAUAGUAUGCGCGGCCAAUCACUAGGAUACGACGCUCGGUGUUCGCAUUUACUAGAAGAAUUGAAGGUUGGUGUUUGACAGUUGUCGGGUAGUGUUCCACCGUGGCAACGAUACCCCGGCGAUAACUAUACCGAAGAUGGACUGUUUAUGAUAUCGGUUUAGAUGCAUUGGCUACCUCGCAGUGCAGUAGUGACUUAUAAAGUAAAUAACGGUGCAAGCCAUGAGCCGACAUGCAUUACUGAAUACAAUAUUACAUGAAACAGAAGAUCGUACGAGUUGUCAGUGGUGACGGUAGCUUCCAUUUUAACGUAGCCCAACACACCGGUCCACGCGGCCGGCUCUAACUCAACAGUCUUCGCAUUUCGUUCUCUUCCCAAAUCGAUGACCAAAAAGCAAGUGUAAAAAUUUGUAAGAAAAUUGUAAAUAAGGCAUCGUUGCGUAGCAACGGGUGAGCGACGAGUCCGAUUUGUUUACUGACUCUGUAUUAUAUAAGUGAUAGACUAAUCAUAUCUUAAGUGUUUUUCGUUGUAGUUUUAUUUCCCUAUCAAUGGAAAUGUUUUACUGUUGGGAACACAUAUACGAAUUGCUCGUUUCUUAGUGUAAUGGGAGUUAUACGACAAAAAAAUAUUUUGAUCGCAUGUGGGCCAAUCGAGUAUAUUAUUAAUAUCUCAACAUGUAUGGGAUCACUUGUAGGUCUUCGCAAUAAUUUACAGAUUUAUACUUUCGCUGUGUUGAUUUACGCGAGUGAUGUACGUGUAAUUUGAUUUAUAAUUUAGUUAAGAUGUAUAAUUAUAGUGCAAUGGCGACGCAAAAUAAUCACUCGACGAUGUAACGGGGCGAUACAAAAUACAAACGUCAACUUGUUGAAUUAUAUCAAUUGAAGUUAAACUUUAGUGUGGGAAAUUGAGGCAAGAUGGCGCUACCAGUUAUACAUACAGCAAUUAGUUUAGAUAGCUAGAGUUAACUGCAAAUUGUUUUAAGAGUUGCUGUGCUUUGAAUUGACAGCGUUAUGUGUUAUCAAAAUUAAUUGUGACAAAGAAAUUAAGUGAUAUUUCGUCUACCUCAUGAAACGUUAAGGGCGCUACUUAACAUAGAAUUGAUACGCAAGUACUUCCGAACUAAUAGACUUCCAUACGAACGUAAAAAAAUUACUCGUAAAUAAUCAAAUUUUGGACUAAUAUGGUGAAAAAAAACUCUGACCAAAAGUCAUUGUUGCUUCCAGAAAUGUAUAUGCUUUUAUAAUGCGUGCAGACUAACAGAAUUGGCCACCAACACCAACAUACCAAUCAUUGGAUCAAACAUUUGCUGUGACGUCACACUAGAUGAAUUAUCCAACCUCAUUGGUGAUUCAGGUUCGUCUGUAUCGGCUGUUAUAAAAACAUGACAACGCAAAAAAUAAUAAUAAUACUAAGUGUUAGUUAGUGCGCACGUCUUGCCUCUACGUCUCAUAAACAACGUUAAACGAACAAUAUACUCCAGGAAACAUGUUCCUAUACGUCGUAGAUAACUGGAUAGUUACAGAACAAUGAUUGAGCAAAACCCUGUUUACUGUCAUGUCUUAAUAUAUAAACAUUAUUUCGUAUACAUAUCAAAUAAUUUGGGGACAAAUCAGGUAGUUUUCAUUGUGAAUGUAAUCAUUGGCGAUCUAUAUAAUUUUUGUACGCUUAGAAAUGUUAAAAGAACGCGAUCAAGACAGUCAUUGAUCUCUGAUUAUCGCAAUUUGACCUUUAUUGGAGUGACAAUAAAUACUCUAUUAGGGGAGCUAGAUUCGUUUAUAUGUAAAGUCCAUACUGCCCUCCGAAGAGACGGGGGAUGAAAAUCAUUAAGAAAAGUUUCCGCCGCGAAACGCUGUUCAGAACAAAUCAACAUAAAUAUUCCUUUCGUUUAAUAAUAAAAAAAAAGUUCAAAUAUAUUUUAAUGAAUACUUUUAAAGAGUACAAUAUAUGCUUGACAUGAACAGAUUUGACUCUGAAACAAGAUGUCCGUAACACCAAUAUAUUAUCUAUUUCUCUCGGUUGUUUAUCAAAUUUAUGUUGUGAUUGUAUAUACAUAAUAUUAUUAUAUUAUACAUUUUGUAAUGAAUAUACAUGUUAGUGCCAGAUAGGUUUUUGUAUGAACGUUUAUAUAAGUGAGGGGCAGCCCGCCGCCGCGGCUACGCCUUGUUAGAUGGAGCGACAAGAGAUGCCUUGUACAUAGUAUAUUGUAAGAAAUGUGUAGUUUUCACUCUAUAUUUUAAUUUAUAUUAUGUAAACUAUAUUUAUAGCUAAGCGGACAAGGAGAAAUUAACAUAAUAAUGUUUGUAUAAUGGUGCGUGUUUCGGAUGUGCAAGUGUCGAGGCCUGGCGUGACGGAGCGAGUUGCGGGGUCCCGGUUAUAACGAGACACGAUUUGUUUAUUUUUUAAAUGGAUAUUGUAAAUGUUUGUAGAUGAGCUUGCAGCGUUCAGUUACUAGGUUAUAGUUUAGGUGUUACGCGUUCGGUCCUGCCGCUACCCCCCCUCCCGCCACCCCUACCGGCCGCGGCCGCUCCCUGGCGCGACGCUCCGGCGGUCUCCAUAGCAAUAAUACAACCUCGUGAUCGCCGAGUGUCGCCGCAGUACUGUCUCAUAUACUAGGGAAAUACAUCACAUUCAUAGUGCCGGGAUAAUUAUAAUUAGACAUAGUUAUAAAUAUUAGUAUAGUUAAUAUAAUACAUACACGUCAGAGUAUAGGUAAUGUGAAAACAAAACGAUCGCGUUCACGUUAUUGUAUGUGGUCUUUAUUAAGAGGAAAGGAACAGAUAUAGAAGCGGACAGUACUGUCACACGAACACAGGUGUGUGGCCGACGCGAGUGUUGUACACGUCGCACACACACACACACACACGCGGAGACGGCAACAGAGCUCCGAACGUAUAGAAUUGUUAUUUAACAUAACGUUACAUUAUGUUUGUCUUAAAAAUGAUUAGCAACAACAUUUGACACUAUCACAAACCAUCGGUACUUACUACCCGCACAAAUGUUUUAGUAUAAAUUUUAGUUGAUUAUUUUAUUUAUUGUGGCAUUGUAUUACUUUUAAUUUUAUUGCACACGAAGCGAAGUUUACUUAAAUUUUAGUUGUUGCGAGGCCCUCUAUCAAAGAUCUGCCGGUUUCCGAGUCUUGCGAACAUUUGGCUUGUAUUAUGUGUAUUUUGACCCGUUUUUUAAUUGGAAAACUAUUUUUUUAUUAUUUUUAAAUCAAUGAUCAAGAAUUGCGUCUCGUUGAACACUCGCGUUUAUGUACUUGGUUUUUGUUAUUCGUUCUUAGUUCAUAAUCAGUUAUAAGACAUGAUAUUUUUUGUUUUGUUGCUUAUUUUUUUUGUGAUUAUGCUAUUUGUUUGGCUUUAUUAUUAAAAGUAUGGCAAAUUACCAUUGACAUUAGAAAUAUUUUUGAUGACAUUAUUUUGAAUCCAAAAAAAUGGAAUACAUAAUGGGAAUCAUAGAUUUUGUUGACACUAUCCAAUAUCUGACUUAAUUUUAUUGAUAAUGCGGACUGGUUUGUUCCACUAUGUUCAUCUGUUGUUUUGGGCUGAUGGACAUAGUAAGGAAUCAGUCGACAGCAGUUCUUACCUAUUUAAAUUAUUUAAGUCCUAUUUUAUUUAUCGCGCUUUACUUGUGCCCCUACUGCGCACGUGUCAAUGAUUACUUAAUUAUAAUAAUUCUUCCCUCGCACAUAAAGUAAGAUUCUGACCGACUUGAGGUAAAAUCUAAAUCUCAAAUUAAUGAACCCUAAAAUUGAAACCAAAUUGACAAUUAUUAUGGUAAGUUGAUGAACAAGUGAGCGCUGGGUAGAAAGCAUUAGACGAUUGUUUUAGGAAAUUGUAAAAUACUGUUUUCUUUUUUUAAUAGCAUCUUGUGUUGAUAGCAUGUAUAAUUUGUUUUUUUAUUCGCGUUAAGAAUUAUGUAUAAAUUUGUUUUCCUCUAAUUUUAUUAUUUGUGUAACUAUACCUUAUGUUAUUGAUAAUAGAAUACAUUAAUUUAUAUGUAUGGAUUUA